GUGCGCGACUAAUUUGGACGUAAAAAAAAUAAGUGCGUGUAAUAUUUUCUAGUCCCAUAUCUUAUCAAGACAACGCCCUAGUGAUAACACAAUAAAAUUGUGAAAUUUUGCUAUUGAGAAACCCAAAAAAAAGGUUAAAAUAGUUUUAAAUAAAAAAAUAAAAUCAAAAUCAAAAUGAGGUGGAAGUGGUUACUUCUGCUCUCAUUAAUUAGCAUCUCAUUAGUUGUCGCGGCAAGUGAAGAAGAUGUGAAAAGUGAAACAGAAAAUGUGGAAGUAAUAAGUAACGAUGGUGAUAAUAAUAAAAGUAAUAAUGAUGAAGAUGAUGUAAAUUAUGAUGAGGAAAAAGUAGAUGAAGUAGUGCUAAAGGAUAAGAUCGAAGAGAAAGUUGAGGAAAAACCUGAGGACGAGAUUAUUCAGGCAUUAAAUUCACCGGUUGAUAUUGCACCUCAGGAUGUUGAGGAGCAAAUAAACGAGGAUACAGUUGAUGUCGAGGAAGUCAAGCCUCAAAAGACAAAAGGAAAAUACAUGAAUUAUGAUGAUUAUGGUGCAUUCAAUCUUGAUUUAGGCGACCAAAGCUACGAUUGGAAUAAUCCAAACAAUCGCAUAGCACCAAAUGAGCCUCCAACACACAGAAAUGAUGGUCGUGGCUACACAAUCACACACGAACGUCUUCGACAGAUCAGAAGUAACUUUAUGUACUGGUUCUUUGACAAAGGUGGUCCUGAAAAUUCUGGAGAUCUUCAAAGAGACAUCCACGCAUCAAAUCAACAAGUCCAUAAAAAUUUCAACUUCCAGUUGCCAUUCUUCGGAUUCAGAUUCAAUUACACAAGAGUCUCAAUGAACGGAUAUCUCGAGUUCUCUGAUCCACCAGAGCAUUACACAUAUCCAUUAGUUUUCCCAAUUAAGGACUGGCCCAGACGCAAUGAUCCAUCAUUUAUCGGUAUUUUCUUCUCACGUUGUCGUAUCGGUAGAAUUUAUCAGACUGACUGGGAUCAAAGAGUUCCUGGCGUAUACUUCAGACAAGAACGUGAUCUGAUGACAAGAACAGAUAGAUUCGGUGUAGAAGUGCGUGAACGUGUUAUGUGGGAUAUUCGUGAAGGUGUUGUUGGGUCUGAUACGUUUGUACCUAAGCAUGUUGUUAUUUUAACAUGGAAGAACAUGAGUUUUGCUGGUGGAAUUGAUAAUUCAUUAUUCAAAACCAACUCAUUCCAAAUGGUUCUUGCCACUGAUGAAGUUUACACUUAUGCAAUUUUUAAUUAUGCCGACAUUGCUUGGUCAUCACAUACAGAAGCAGGUGGUGAUACAACUGGAGGCGAGGGUGGAGUUCCUGCAUAUAUUGGUUUCAAUGCCGGAAAUGGCACCCAAUCAUACGAAUAUAAACCAUACAGUCAAGCAUCAGUUCUUCGUGAUUUGACAGGAAGAGGAUGGGCGAAUGGCUUCCCGGGACGACAUAUAUUCAGAAUAGAUGAGAAAAUAAUGCUGGGAACGUGUAAUAAAGAUAUAGAUGCGGCUCAUUUACCUCUAGUUUUUGCACCGGAAUCUGGAAAUAUGUUGGGUGGAACAAUCAUUAAUAUUACAGGACCUUGCUUCAUGCCAGAUGAGCGAAUUGAGUGUAUGUUUGACACUGAACCGAUUCCUGUUGUUGGUCAUUAUGUGGAUAGAAAUCGUGCAAUUUGUAUUCAGCCAUCAUUAAAAGUUCAAGGUUAUGUUCGAUUAGCUAUUCGUAUUGGAACUGAGCCUUUCAAAUGGAGAGGAUGGUUCUUUGUUGAAACACCUGCAACAUCUACAGAUCGUAUAUUCUUUGAAGAUUCAUCUGUGCAUCAACGAAGUCCGCCUGAAAUCCGAAUAUCCUGGAAUCGCUUCAAUUUAACAUCAAACUUUAAUGCACCAAUCAGAAUUUCACUUUACGGCUAUCGAGAAAGUACAAUUCGACCUGAAUUGGAAUUUAUUGAUGUUAUUGAGGAACAAUUGACUAAUACUGGAAUUUAUACAAUCACACCAUCACAUUAUCGAACAAGACAUAAUCCUAAUAAUACAGACAUGCAAUUUGGAUUCCUUCAUAUUCGUCUUGUCAACCCUGAAGACUUUAAUGGAUUGAAAAUUUCACCAAACUCACAUAGAAACUUCAUUUACAGAACACUUUGGUCAAAACCAAUCCCCCUUGCCUGGUACUUUGGUCCACAAUGGGAACGAAUUCACGGCUUAAACUGGCCUCGAGCGCUUUGCGACAAUUGGAUGCGUUUAGAUCGUUUCUUAAGAAACUUUGCUCACGAAGUUCCAAUUUGUCCAUGUAAACUUGACCAAGCUCUUUACGACAAAGGACGAUUUAUGCCUGAUUUUGAUUGUGAUCGUGACACAAAUCCAACAUGUCUUCAUCAUCGUGGUGGUAUUCAUUGUGUUAGAAGUGGAACACCAUCAUCACAGGGUUCUGAACAGCAAUGUUGUUAUGAUCGAAAUGGGUUCCUUAUGUUAUCGCACGAUCAAAUGUGGGGAUCUCGUCCUAGAAGAACACAUAAUAUCGGUCAAUUCCCAUACAAUGAAGCUAAUAAAGUUCCUACAUUAUCACAAUGGUUCCACGAUAUCCGUCCAUACUACUCAUGUUGUCGUUGGCAAGAUGAGCAAGCUGUUGGAUGUGAAACAUUCCGUUUUGAAAGACGUCCAUCUCAGGAUUGUGUUGCAUAUCAAUCACCUGGAGUUGCCUCUAUUUUCGGUGACCCUCACAUUGUUACAUUCGAUGGCUUAGAAUAUACAUUCAAUGGAAUGGGCGAAUUUGUUCUUGUACGUGCUAAAAAUGGUGCGGAAGAAUUGGAUGUACAAGCUCGAUUCCAACAAGUUCCAAGAAAUAUUCACGGACAAGUAAUGGCAACACAUCCCACAUCUAUUGCUGUUCGAGGACAUAAUUCCACAGUCAUUGAAGUACGCGUUCGUCCACGAGAUGCUCAAUGGCGUUACCGAUUGGAUGUAUUUGCUGAUGGUCGACGUGUCUAUUUUGAUCGUUUCAGUUUGAAAUAUCAAUUUUUCCAUGGUGUAACUGUCUAUACUCCAUCAUACAUCCUUAAUCAAUCAGAAGUUGUCAUUAUGUUCCCAUCGGGAGCUGGUGUUGAAGUUGUUGAGAAUGCAGGCUUUAUGACAGCUCGAGUUUAUCUUCCUUGGGGCUUUAUCAAUAAAACACGUGGAUUAUUUGGAAAUUGGAGUUUUGAUAUUGCUGAUGAUUUCACUCGACCAGACGGAACAGUUGCUCAAAUCAAUCUGAACAAUUUUGAGACUGUACAUCGUGACUUUGCGAUACGGUGGAUGUUGUCUGACAGAGAAACAGAAGGCGUCGGAGCGGGUCUAUUUACAAGAGAAUUUGGUCGAACAGCAAGUUAUUAUGCAAAUGUAACAUUCUUACCCAACUUUAUACGAGAACCCAGAGAUUUCUUGCCUGCUAAUCGGUCUAUUGACAUUGAAAUGGCGCAUACGCUGUGUGGUGAAUCUUAUCAGUGUCGAUAUGAUUAUGGUAUGACUCUGAAUCGGGAGAUGGCUCAUUUCACAAGAAAUUAUUAUGACAGUGCUGUUAACAUCCAGCGUUCUAAUCAAGUUCGAGUAUUGUCAUGUGGAAUUCUUGAAACCCCACGUUUUGGUCGCAAAUCAAACUUCCAGUUUACACCAGGUGCAGUCAUAACAUUUGAAUGUAAUGAAGGCUUCUUCCUCAAAGGUGAUCGUCGUAGAAUUUGUGGACUUGAUGGAAAUUGGGAUUUGCCAGAGUAUGGAUAUACAGAAUGCUUACGCGAGGUCUUCUUCGUACGAAACAUCUUAUGGAUUGUAAUAUUGGUCAUCGUGUUAGUCAUUAUGCCAAUGAUUAUGUGCAUCGUUUGCGUCGUCUAUCAAUAUCGAAAGAAACAACUGAAAAAGGAUCCAAAUUAUGCACUUCCGAUACCACAUUCACGUUCUGUAUCGAAAUCAUCAUUGAAGGGUAUUACUAGUGACGUUAGUGAUACUGGCGAUGAUUCAUCAAUUAAGAAAGUCAGGAAUUAUGAUGCAUCCUACAAUACACAUGAGCCAUUGAAGCAUAAACCAGCUGUGGAGUUUGAUCCAGCAAAGAAAAUGGAUUUGGAUGAAGAUGACAUAACAAGCAGUGAAGGUAGUUCAUUUAGAGAUGUAAUUGCAAAAGAUUUUGAAUUUGUCACUAUGGCUUCCUCAGGUUCUGGUCCAGGUCAAGAUCGUCAAAUGGGUAGACGUUCACAGCGAUUGGCAUCUGACUACAAGCCAAUAGAAGAAGAAGAUUCACGAUAUCCACCACCUACUGUAGAUUCACCUCAAUUAUAUAAUAGCACUUACAGUCCAACAUUUAGUAACCUUGAUAGAUCCAGUUUUGCUUCCGAUCCUAAUCAAUCCCCACCUGUAAAAUCCCCAGUCGGUGCUAUACGCGUUCUUCCGUUAAAUCUGCAGCAACAACAACAACAGCCACAGACAUCGAGAUUCUUUGGUGAACCAAGUCGCCAAGCACCAUCACCACCAUUGACACAAAAUGUUGGUCUACCACGUGUUGCUGAUUCUCGUGAGCAAGAAGUAACAGCUCGAGCAGCAGGCUUUUCGACAUUUAUAAUUAUCUCGACAUUCGUUCCCCUCCUCUUACUCAUCAUCAUAAUAAUUUACCGUCAUGUACAAAAAAAGCAACAAGAAAUUGAAGAGAAGGCAAAAUUGAUACACUUUGAGGAAGUGGAAAGAGAGCGACAAAAUAUUUUAGAUAAAAUGCAAAAAGACUACGCGAGACGUGAGAAAGAGAUUCAUGAAUACCUUGACAAUAAAUUGAGGGAAGAGGAACGACCAUCAACGUCAGGCUUGUCAAAGAAGAUUGAUGUGCCGAACAUUUUAAAUUUAGAUUCCGACGAAGGAACAGAUGAUGAGUUUUUUGAAAUGCCACUGCCUCCCAUUCCAUUUAAAAGUCCUCGAUCUGCCAUCAGCGGUCAAUUAUCAAUUAUUGAUAAUGAGGCAAUGGAUAUAGAUACGCCAUCGGUAAAAUCUGCUCGAUUUACAACACCGAAAUUACAAAAUAUUUCAACAAGUUUUAAAUUUCCAUCUCCACCCACUCGUUUUGCUCCACCACCUCCUUUAAAUUUAGAAUCCAAUAAUGAAUCUGCAACGUCAACUCCAUCACCACAAGAACCAAGGAAUUUUUCACCCACAUCUGUAAAUAUUGAAGCAAUUGUUCAUUCACCAAAUGAAGUUGCACCCCCAAUUCCUGAACAGUCAACACCCAGAAGAUCAUCUGCUCCAAUAAUCGUUGAAAUGACUGAAAAGUCUUUGCUGCAAAGUGAUUUUUAAAAAAAUGACAAAUAGGAUUAAUUUAUUAGGAUAUCAGAGUAAUUGAUUGUGAUUGAAUUUUGUCUUUAAGAUGAGUUUAGGAAUGGGAACAAAUGAUUUAAUCAUUAUAAUUUAUAUCGAAGCUUAUUGAACAAUUUGUUGGAUUUAUUUGGUAAGGAUUAGUUCACUCUUUAGAAGUAAGUUGCAUAUUUUUACUGUAUCUAAGGUUAAAAUCUUGGUGCUGGUUAGGAAAAUCAUUAUAUCAAGCAGAAGUUGCCAACAUUGUGGAUAGGACUACAACAACAACAGGACAUAAUCUAAUAAAACCACUUUGAUGAAAACUAAAAGUAUCAUCAUUAAAAAAUCUUUGUUAAGUUUAGCUUUAAUGAGAAGAAUUCACUUUAAUUGAAACAAAUCUUUAAAUAAAGCGUGUAAAAUAGACUAGAUUAGACAAUAAUAAAGCUGAAAGUUUUUGCUACAAAUAA